GGCCGUCGCCAGAGCCGCGGCCGAGGUGGUGGCAGCCGCUUCCCUAACGCUCCACCCCCAGCCGCCUUAUAGUGUCCCUUGUACCCGUGCUGCGCUGUGAUGUUUAUGACCAAUAUUGUAACUUGUUAUUGUUAGUGACAAUGUUCAGUUUUGCCAACAAAAUGCUGAACGCCCUCGUGGGCAACGAGGAACCCACGUCCGGCACAGCAGGGGGGACCAGUGUGCCGGGGGCGCCGCGCCCCCAGGGCCCUGGGCUCCUCCGGAUGAGUGGCCCAGGGGGCCCAGGUGGUCCUCGUGCUCCGGUGCCAGGCAUGCCAGGUGCCAGACCUCCUGGCAUGCCUGGAGGUAGUAUGGGGCUAGGUGGACCUGGAGCCCCAGGCGGACCUGGCGGCCCAAUGGGUCCUGGUGGCCCAAUGGGUCCUGGCGGCCCAAUGGGUCCUGGCGGCCCAAUGGGUCCUGGAGGCCCAAUGGGUCCCGGUGGUGUGAGAGGUCCUAGUGUAUCAAUGGGUCAAGGUGGAACAAUGGGUUCGAGUGGUUCAAUGGGCCCUGGUGGUCCCAUGGGCCCUGGUGGUCCUAUGGGUCCUGGUGGCCCCAUGGGCCCAGGUGGUGCGACUAUGCCUGGAGGACCAAGUGGACAAAUGGGCUCUGGGGGUCCCAUGGGCGUCAGCAGUCCUGGGGGACCUGGCAUGAGCCGGCCGCCAGGACCAGGUAUGGGUCCCAGACCUCCAGGAAUGGGGGGACCAAUGGGCCCAAGACCCGGCAUGCGGCCUGGACCGAGAGGAAUGCCUCCUGGGAUGGGGCCCGGAGGUCUCCGGGGUAUGCCACCGGGAAUGGGCCCCCGACCGGGUAUGGGUCCCCUCGGGCCACGUGGAUUACCACUAAAUGGUAUGGGUGGGCCCGGCGGGCCCCGUGGCCCUAGACCUGGAAUGAUGGGCCCCGCUGGAAGAGGAGUCCCUGGGGGAAUGGGUCCCAUAGGUCCAGGAGCACCUCCUGCCCCAGCGGUCAUGGGCGGUGAGCUGCAGAGACCUCCCCUCUCAGAGGGCCUCAACAAGGCCGCUGGAAGCAUGGCCCCCCACAACCAGGGGUUUCAGCCCUUUAGAGCACAAAGUUCGUUGGAUUCUAUGCAAGACAAUCAAAGCCUGAGAUUUAGUGGGCAGGACUUGUUAAGCCAGGCCAGGGGAAUUCAGGAUAAAAAACCUGGGAUAUAUAGGCAAGGAUCCUUAGGACAAGAUCCACAGGGACAUCAAAUUAGUCAGGGUUCCAGUGCUUCGAGUGUGGGUAGUGCGGGUCCUGUGGGUUCCAUGCAAGAGAAGUUGGGUCCACAAGUGGGGCAGCAGCCCCACGCUUGGCCAUCUACACAGGGGCCGAUGGCCCCAACCCCUCAGGGCAUCACACUGCCACCUGCGGGCUCCCCCGGGGGCCAAGCUCAAGCAAGAGCACCGGACGUGGACCUGAGUCAGCUGAGCGAGGAGGAGAGAGCCAUCAUUGAGAGUGUGAUGGAGAAGGCCAAGGAGAUGGAGAGCCACGACACCCCUACUAGACGAAGGUAA